GAUCCAGACAUUUAAUGUUGAGGCACCAUGCCAGACUGUGGAAGAUUUAACAAAUGGAGUUGUGAUGGCCCAGGUUCUUCAAAAAAUAGAUCCAGCUUACUUUGAUGAAAAUUGGCUGAACAGGAUCAAAACAGAAGUAGGAGAUAAUUGGAGGCUAAAGGUAAGCAACCUGAAGAAAAUUUUAAAAGGAAUAUUGGAUUACAACCAUGAGAUUCUAGGGCAACAGAUUAAUGACUUCAUCCUUCCUGAUGUUAACCUGAUUGGAGAGCAUGCUGAUGCUGCGGAGCUUGGGAGAAUGCUUCAGCUUAUUUUGGGAUGCGCUGUGAAUUGUGAACAGAAGCAAGAGUACAUCCAGACCAUAAUGAUGAUGGAAGAAUCGGUUCAACAUGUUGUCAUGACAGCCAUUCAGGAGUUGAUGAGUAAAGAGUCUCCAGUCUCUGUCGGAAAUGAUGCUUACGUUGACCUUGAUCGGCAGCUGAAGAAAACUACAGAAGAACUGAAUGAAGCACUAGCAACAAAGGAAGAAAUUGCCCAGAGAUGUCAUGAGUUAGAUAUGCAGGUUGCAGCCCUCCAGGAGGAGAAGAGCAGCUUGCUUGCUGAGAACCAGAUUUUGAUGGACCGUUUAAAUCAAUCUGAUUCUAUUGAAGAUCCCAACAGCCCUGCAGGUCGUAGGCACUUGCAGCUGCAGACACAACUAGAACAACUCCAAGAGGAAACAUUCAGAUUAGAAGCUGCCAAAGACGAUUAUCGAAUACGCUGUGAAGAACUAGAGAAGGAAAUUGCUGAACUGAGACAACAAACAGAAGAGCUUACUACAUUGGCAGAGGAGGCUCAGUCUUUGAAGGAUGAGAUAGAUGUACUCAGGCAUUCUUCUGAUAAAGUAGCAAAGCUAGAAAGCCAGGUAGAAUCAUACAAAAAGAAAUUGGAAGACCUGGGUGAUUUGCGACGGCAAGUGAAACUUUUAGAAGAGAAGAAUACAAUGUACAUGCAAAAUACUGUGAGCCUGGAAGAAGAGCUAAGGAAGGCCAAUGCAGCACGCAGUCAGCUGGAAACAUACAAGAGACAGGCAGUUGAACUACAAAACAGGUUAUCUGAAGAAUCCAAGAAAGCUGAUAAAUUAGAUUAUGAAUGCAAACGACUGAAAGAAAAAGUAGACAGCCUCCAAAAAGAAAAAGAUAGAUUAAGAACAGAAAGAGACUCUUUGAAAGAAACUAUUGAAGAGCUUAGAUGUGUACAAGCUCAGGAGGGUCAACUCACCACUACAGGUAAAGGACAAAUAAGGAGAUUAAAUGAAGUUGCAAGUCUGCUUACUGAAUUCUUUACUUUUCCUAAACCAGGAUUGAUGCCUCUGGGAAGACAAGAGCCUUCAGACAGUUUAGCAGCAGAAAUCAUUACUCCUGAAAUUAA